UCUCUCUCUCUCUCUCUCUCUCUCGUAAUUUUGCAUUUUUUACUAGGAUAAAUUUAAUUAAAAAAGUAUCUCCACUAUUCAUUGUUCUAGAUUAACUGCCCCUUAUUAUUAUUAUUAUUAUUAUUAUUAUUAUUAUUAUUAUUAUGAUUAUUUAAUAGUAAUUUUAAAAAUAGAUAGUAAUAGCAAUUGUUAAUAUUAUUAAAAGAAUUAAUAUUUUUUUUAUUAUUUUAUUUCUUAAUUCAUUGAAGACUCACAUUAGACAUGGGCUACUCUAUAAAUGGUAACUUAUCUCACAUCCAUACUCCUUCUCACUUUUUUAAUUGUAAUUAAAUAAUCAUUCUAAUAAAAAUUUCCAAAUGUUUUUUUUAGCAAUUUUACUAAGAAUAAAUUGUCAUGAUUUUAUUAUUUUCUCAUUUUGCUUACACAUGCUUUAUUACAAUCUUACGUUGAUAGAUUCUCAUAUUUUUUUUUUUUUUGAAUUUCUACUUCAAUCCUGAUAGUCAUCAAUAUCACAAAAAUAUUAACUUGCAAAUUUAUUUUUGAAUUGUGGACAAAUUUGUCAUUUUAGUAGCUACAUGUUUGUUUUUCAAAAGUAACAGAUGCAUCCAUUCUCAGUGUGAAACGACUGGAUUUGCAUGUGCUUAUCUCGUGUCCACUUACAAAACGGACAAGCCUCUAGUUUUAGUGCGAAACCGCUGUAUUUGCAUGCAGUCUUCGUGUACGACUAUAACAAAAUAGAAAUUUUUCACUCGACACCUGUGCUUGCAUGCAACCGUCCAUUUAGAAGAGCUGUACAUCACGUUUGUGGCCCUGACUUGCUUUUUCAAAAAUCAGAUGCAUGCACUGAAUACUUAUUAUGUUGAGAAUGUAUUUAAAAAUCACGAUUUAUUUUUAAAAAGAAUCAAUUAAUUCUAUUUUUUUUAAAUGAAAUAGUUCACUAAUUUUUGGUUACACACUUCAACAAAUACACCUUCAAUCCCUCUUCCUAUUGUAAACUCAAAGGCUUAAAAAGAGAAAAAGAAAGAGAGAGAGAAAAAAAAACCUUUAAUUGUAGAUGUAUAUUUUAUUUUUUAUUAUUUUUUUUAAAAGAAGAAAAAAAAAGAAAAGAAAAGAAAAAAGGGGGAAAGACUAGAGAGAGUAAGUGAGAGUUAGAGAAGGUUGAAGCGGAAACAAAACAAAAACCAAAGCAACGCAGAACCUAGUUUGGUAGGUCCACAACGUCUACGGAUUAUCUCAAAACGCGAGUAUAAAUUGAACCCCAACGAGUAGACGCGCUCCCUGCAUCCCCAGUGCCCGCCUAUUUCCACUGUUCCCAACCCCCCUCUAACUCCCAGGGCUUUCCAUACGGUCCGAUUCUGGUCCCUUUCGACUCGACUCCUUUUCCCUCUUUCGAUUUCACUCUCUCCAAACCCAAUCCCCUCUCCCUCUUCUCUCUGUCUCUCUCCUCUACUUUCUCUCUCUAAAGCCUCGACUCUCUGAUCCAUCCAACACCGCCUCGACAUUUCUCAACAGCACUCUUUCGAGAAGAUCGAAGCUUGGAUUUUUGAAAUAUGUUACGCAGAAUUUCGCAGCCAAGAAUUGCGAAAUCACUGCAAGGAUGAUGGACCUCAACAACGCAGCAACCGAAUUUCCCGACGCCAAGCCGGAGGGCCGUUCCGGUCUUGGCAUCGAUCUCAAUGAGAUCCCCUCUGCUUCCUUGCUCGAAACCCUACCGUCUCCACGGGACGCCGUCACCGUCGUCCGCACUUUCCAUGACAGCGUUGCUCCCGCCACUGGAGCUCCGGCUGGAUUGCCUGGGGAGGGCGCCUACCAGGCGUGCGCCGCUUGCGGCCUGCCGGAGGCCAGGGGCAGCGUGGUGGUCUGCGACGGCUGCGAGCGCGGGUUUCACCUGCGCUGCGCGGGAAUGGGGGAGAGGCGGCUCAGUGUGCUCGAGGAGUGGGUUUGCGGCGAGUGCGUGAGGAACGGGGUUGGCAGUCAGCGUUGGCGGUUGGGCACUUCGUCCUCCUCAGCUUCCUCGGGCAGGAAGCAAAGCGGAGUUAGGCUACUAGACAUCAAUGCUCUGCCGCCAAGUGACGGCGAAGGUGAGGAGAGCGAGGAGUUUCAGGAUUCGAGAAAACAAACUCCUGGUGAUAAUUCCUUUGGUGGCGACUCAUUUGUUGUUCCGGCAACAUGCCCAAACUAUUUCUAUUCUGGCAAUGGAUUUGGCUUUCAAAAAUCACCUGCGAUUGUGACACGCACUGUCAAAUUGGGUUUUGAAGAUUUAUUACAUCAUAAACAGGCAAUUGGUAGAUGUUUAAAGGAGGUAGAUUUGGGAUUUCCAUUAGGAAAGCUUAGGAGUAGUAACAAUACACCAGUUCGAUUACCUCCAUCGAAUCCAAGUGAGAUUUUUUUGCAGGCUCUUCGAGAAUUUAUUUCUGAAAGGCAUGGUAUACUUGAAGAAGGUUGGCGUGUAGAAUUCAAGCAGUCCAUAAGCAGUUGUGAACUGUAUGCAGUUUACUGUGCUCCAGAUGGAAAGACAUUUGAGUCUAUGUCUGAAGUUGCUGGUUAUCUUGGGUUGGUGACUAAUUGCAAUUUUAUAGAUCCCGAAGUAAGAAGUGAUUGUUCUGCUCCGCUGCAAAAAAAGUUGCAUUUAGCUAAAAGAAGAAAAGCGGCAAGACAUUCAACUGCUAAUGGUUUCUCUGGAAAUAAGGGGAUUUUGGUAAGUGGUUUUCACAAGGAGCUUUUUUCAGGCAGUCAAAAUAUGGAAUUUCGUGCUAGUGCUUUUAGGAAUAAUGUACAAGCUGCUGAAGCUAGGAGAGAAGCAAAUGGUGGUGCUGAGUCUCAACCUUUCGCUAAUGGACUUCCCGUUCAGUUUGAAGAUUUCUAUAUUCUUUCCUUGGGGAAGGUUGAUGUGAGGCCACCUUAUCACAGUGUCAGCCAGAUCUGGCCCAUAGGUUAUAAAUCCUGUUGGCAUGACAAGGUUUCUGGGUCACUUUUUACAUGUGACGUGUUAGAUGGUGGUGAUUAUGGACCUGUUUUCAGGGUUAGUAGGUGUUCUUGCUCUGCACAGCCCAUCCCUGUUGGGUCAACUGUCCUCUUUAGGACCAACUUUGGCCAGUCUUAUGGUCAAUAUAAGGAAGAAUGUGAUGAAAUGACUUCUUUCAGUAUGGGUAGUGAUGAGGAUGGCAAUCUUCAAACAAUUCUCUUGGACCCUUGCCCACCUAUGGAAAAUGAUAUUUUAUCUUGUCUUGGGAGUGGCUUUAAUGAAACUUAUGGAUUUCAGGCAUCAAGCAGUUUGCAGCAUGAAAGAUCUGGAAAUGUUUUAUGUGAAAAUUUGGAGUUAGGAGAGGAGAUUGGUAAUUUUUCAUUGGAAGGGCAUUCGUCAUCCUCAGUGUGGAAAAUGGUGUCUCAGAAACUCAUUGAUGCUUGUCAAGAAGUCUAUAAGCGAACUGGAACUCUUAAGUUCUUCUGCAAGCAUUUGAAAAAUGGAAUAUCCUAUUCUUACGUGGAUAUUAUGGAUGAAAGGAGCAAAGUGACAUUUAAUUCAUUGGCCAAAUUUUGCAGUUCAUCAGGCUUGGUCAACAUCCCAUCUGUGGUUUACAAUGACCAUGGGUUUGCAAUUUUGUCCGAGGCACUGUCAAAAUGGCUGGACCAGGAUAGAUUUGGACUAGAUGCGGAAUUUGUGCAAGAAAUUAUAGAACAGAUCCCUGGUGUUGGUGCCUGUUCACAGUAUGAAUAUCUGAAUAAGCGAAGUCAUUAUUCUACAUCCGUAACAGUUGAAAAUGGGCUCCUAUUCUUUGAAGGGAGGGGUGGAGUGCAAGGUAAGGAUGAAGCAUGGGAUGGGUUACUUAGAGGAUGCAAAAGAGCAAAGGUGCAGAUGGUUGAAGAUACUCUGAUGGAUAAUCGUUGUCGUCCUCUGGGGAAACCUCUGUGUGUAAAGCUUCCUGAUAAGCUUGUUGGUGAUGUUCUUCAGGUAUGGGAGUUAUUAUGGCGUUUCCAUGAAAUUCUGGAAAUAGGGCCAUUGUCACGUGAUGAACUUGAGGAGGAACUUAUUAGCCCAUGGUUCGAUGACUUGAACCUUCCAGAGAAUUUUGAAAAGGAAAUGCAGGGAAAUAAUGACAUGAAUUCACGUGGAACUAAUGGUACAAGGGGAGACAUCCUAUCCUCAAGCCAUGAAGGUGGUUCAGGAAAUUGGAGGGAAAACCCACAUAUGUUCAUACAGAUGGAAACAGGAGCAAUGAAGGAAGCAGCCCAAGCUAGAUUUGCAUCUGCUACUUACAGCAGAUGCACUGGUGUAGCUUUGUCAAAAGCUCACACUGCAUUGCUAAAAGUGCUUGUUGGAGAGCUGCAGUCUAAGGUUGCUGCAAUUGUAGAUCCAAAUUUUGAUGUUGGAGAAUCAAAAUCAAAACGGGGAAGGAAGAAGGAUGCAGAUAGUUUGACUUCUAAAAGAAUGAAGCUAAGUAUGCUCCCUAUCAAUGAGUUGACUUGGCCAGAAUUAGCUCGGAGGUACAUCUUGGCAGUCCUAGGCAUGGAUUGUGACCUUGAAUCAGCAGAAGUUACUACUCGUGAAAGCAGAAAAGUGUAUCGCUGCCUGCGGGGUGAUGGUGGGGUGCUUUGUGGUUCGCUCGCUGGAGUGGCAGGAAUGGAAGCAGAUGCACUUUUUCUUGCAGAGGCUAUGAAGAAAAUUUAUGGUUCUUUGAAUGGAUUGACUGACCCUAUUAUUAUACGAGACAAAGAAUUAACUGGAGCUUCUGAAAGGAAUGUGGGUGAUGAUGGCAAUUUACCAGAAUGGGCAUCUACUCUGGAACCUGUCAGAAAGCUACCGACAAAUGUGGGAACCAGAAUCAGGAAGUGUGUACAUGCGGCUUUGGAGAAAAAUCCACCAGCAUGGGCGAGGAAAAUAUUGGAGCAUUCAAUCAGUAAGGAUGUUUACAAGGGGAAUGCAUCGGGCCCUACAAAGAAAGCUGUUCUUUCAGUGCUAGCAGAUGUCUCUGGUGAAGGUCCACAUCACAAAUCUGACAAGGAAAGGAAAAAGAAAAGUGUUUCUGUACAUGAUGUUAUUAUGAAACAAUGCCGUAUUGUGUUUCGUCGUGCUGCUGCUGCUGACAAUGCUAAAGUUUUCUGCAAUUUGCUUGGAAGAAAACUGAUGAACUCUGGUGACAAUGAUGAUGAGGGACUCCUUGGAUCUCCAGCAAUGGUAUCUCGCCCUUUGGAUUUUAGGACUAUUGAUUUGAGAUUGGCAGUUGGAGUCUAUGGUGGAUCACAAGAAGCUUUUCUUGAGGACGUUCGAGAGUUAUGGAGCAAUUUGCGCACAGCUUAUGGUGAUCUGCCAGAUUUGGUUGAAUUGGCUGAGACUUUGUCCCAAAAUUUUGAAGUAUUAUAUGAAAAGGAGGUUGCCACCCUAGUCCAGAAACUUGCUGAGUAUGCUAAAUCAGAAUGCUCUAGUGUGGAAAGAAAGAAAGAAAUAGAUGAUUUACUUGUUUCUUCAAGUGAAAUUCCUAAAGCCCCUUGGGAUGAAGGGGUCUGUAAAGUUUGUGGCAUAGAUAAAGAUGACGAGACUGUUCUAUUGUGUGAUACCUGUGAUGCUGAGUACCAUACUUAUUGCUUGAAUCCUCCUCUCAUAAGGAUUCCAGAAGGGAAUUGGUAUUGUCCUUCUUGUGAGGCUAGUAUGAGUACCGCUCAGGACUCAUCAGAACAUGCUCAAGUCAUUGAUCGACGUGGAGGGAAAAAACAUCAAGGAGAUGCUUGUCUUGCUCACUUGGAGGAACUUGCACAAUUAGCUGCUGUAAUGGAAGAAAAGGAGUAUUGGGAUUUUAGCAUUGAUGAGAGAACUUUGUUGCUGAAGUUUCUUUGUGAUGAGGUGCUGACUACAGCUCUUAUUCGUCAGCACCUUGAGCAGUGUGCAGAUAUGUCAGGUGAAGUGCAGCAGAAAUUGCGUACUACAUCAACAGAGUGGAAAAACCUUAAGGUUCGAGAGGAUAUUCUGGCCUCAAAGGCUGAAAAGGCUGACAACAGCUUGCAUAAUGUGGUAGGAGAAGUUAAAAGUGAGGAAGGACUUGCUAGUUCACUUGCAAACCAUAGUAAAUCUAUGGGUAAUAAUGUUAGCAUCUUUUCUGAUGAUUUGCCACAACCUGGGGGUGAUACAGAGGGAACUGAAUAUAAUGUUUUGGCUAAAAGAUCUUCUGUCAACUAUUCUGAUAAAGAUAGUACUUAUAACAUUCAAAUUCUGAAGCCUGAAGGUCAAGUAAAAGAUGGGAAUCAGUUGCCUAUGUCAAGUCUUCCAUGCAAAGAAAGCAACAACUCGGGUAGAGAAUCUACUUUCCAGUGUUCCAUGCAUGAAUAUGUGGAAAGGGAUGUUUCAACUUUGCCUGAGAUGGAUAACCAAGGAAUGUGCAUCCCUACAGAAACGAUGAGUCUCUCCUUGGACACUAGGAGCUCUGGUGUAACUGAUCAUGUGCCUUCUAGUGCUAUCACCGAGUCACAGGCUUACAACCUUGAGUUAAACUCCAUCAAGAAUGAUAUUUCACUUCUGCAGGAUUCAAUCGUCAACAUGGACUCACAGCUCGACAAGCUAUCAGUGCGGAGGGAGUUCUUAGGCAGCGACUCUGCUGGCCGAUUAUAUUGGGCUUCGGCAAAACCUGGUAGCCAUCCUUGUAUGAUUGUUGAUGAAAGUAUGACAGUGCUGCCAAGUGAGAAACUCAAAGAUCACAACACAGGCAAGAAAAGUUCUGUUUUGAGGGCUUCUACUUCAUUUGGUGGGGAUACUAUUUCAAAUUUAGGGUGUUCAAAAACUUCCUCUCCUUCUGCAUGUCGGCCGAAUGAUGCUACUCUUAAUUGUGCCCCAUGGACUUCUUAUCAGUCUGAUGCAGAAAUCAAAGAACUCCUUGAAUGGUUAAAAGAUAGCAAUCAAAAAGAGAGGGAACUGAAAGAGGCCAUUCUCAACUGGCAGAAGCAAAGAUUUCGAGAUUUUCAACAGUCUGCAAAUCAUGAUCAGAGCAAAACCAACGAUGCUCUCUCAGAAUCCUCAAACACUGUAAGUGCGAUACCUUCUAAUGGUCUUGUUACUACAGCAUCCGCAUUGAUGGAGAAGAAGUACGGUCCCUGCUUCGAUCCUGACCCUGUUGAGAUAUCAAAAAAACGGGGGAGAAAGGCAAAAGUAGCUCAUGAAGAGAAGAUGUACAGGUGCGAAUGCUUGGAACUCAUUUGGCCUUCUAGACCUCAUUGCCUGUCCUGCCACACAUCCUUUUUAAAUGAGGUGGAAAUAGAGGAACACAAUGAUGGUAAGUGUGUUUCAGUUCUACCAUCCUCUGAGAAGAGCAAGGAAUACGGUGAUCCUUUGAGAGGGAAGGGAAUUCUGAAAUCUGAUACCACACAGGAAGGGUGUAUGGGUGAAAUGAAUCCAGUUGAGGCAUCAAGAAGUGAGUGUUCUGAUCUUGCAGCGGUAAUUAAAUUUCAAGGUUACAGGUCAUCACCCUUGGCUAAUUUUGAUGAUGUUUGCUCUAAGUUUGUGACGAGCAAUUCUAACAAGGAAUUGGUACGGGAAAUUGGUCUUAUUGGUUCAAAUGGGAUUCCAUCAUUUGUCCCAUCUGUAUCGCCUUAUCUCAGUGAUUCUACGUUAAUGUUAAUUCGUCCGGAGAAAAAUGAUGGCAUUCCAGUUGAUUUCUCCAGGUCUGCUGAAAAAUCAAUCUUUUCUCAGGGGAACAGGGUUACUAUUAACGUAUGCCAUGAAAAUAAGUCUCACAAUUCUUCAAGAUGUAUGCCUGAUGAUGUGAAUGAAGCAUUUAAAGGUGACAGAUCAGGAUGCUUGGAACAAAAGCACGCAAAACCCUCUGUAAAUACCCAUGCUUCAAGACCUGAAGUUGGUAAUUGUUGUGUAGUCCCAGUGUCUUCAUUGAGGCCAGUGAUUGGCAAGGCAUCUCAAAUUUUGAGGCAACUCAAGAUCAAUCUUCUUGAUAUGGAAUGUGCCCUCCCUGAAGAGGCUGUGAGACCAUCCAAGGUGUCCAUAGAGAGGAGAGGGACCUGGCGUUCAUUCGUUAAAACUGCGGAGACAAUAUUUGAGAUGGUUCAGGCAACAAUUGUAUUGGAGGACAUGAUUAAGCCAGAGUAUUUGAGAAAUGGGUGGUGGUAUUGGUCAUCACUCUCAGCUGCUGCCAAGACUUCCACCUUGUCUUCGCUUGCCCUGCGAAUAUAUUCCCUAGAUGCUGCUAUUAUUUAUGAUAGAACUUCAUCAACUUUGGAUUCAGAUCAGUCUGUGACAGGCAGCAAACAAGAUCUCACACAGGGACCUGGUCUGGAUACAACUGAAAAAUCCAAAGCAGGCAGGAAAGCGAGCAAGAGAAGGAAAGAAUCAGAGGGUUGAUCCUGGAUUCCAUACCAUCCCUCAUGUCAUGGGGAAACUGAGCAACUGACCCAAGUUCUAACGGGAUUCAGCGAAGGGCAUGUGUUGUGAGAAUACAUUUGUAUAAACCACAAUGUGGUGUGUACCGGCUCUGGUAAUUGAGGACAGUUUUUGUGAGGCUGGAGUUGUUUCUGCUGCCAACCUCUUGUGGGUUUGUCUAGAGGUCAAGGCUUGACAUGCUAACUAGGAAGCCGGAUUGGCAAGCUGGUCCCAUUGUAAUGGCACGAGGGGGGGGUAUGGAAGCACCAGGAGGAAGUGAGGAACAACCAUAAGAGAAUGCAUCAAAUUUUGGACUGAUUUCUGCUGCAGCUUUUGGAGUUACUCGGAGGGGCAUCAACAGGAGGCACAUACAUAUAUACAAAAAAGAAUUGGCGUACCAAAAAAAAAAAAAAAAAGAAAGAAGAAGAAGAAGAAGAAGAAAGAAGAAAGAAGAAAGAAGAAGAAAGCUCAGCUGGUGUAGUCAGUAUUUCAUUCUUUAUUAACCCUUCCCGCCCUCUCUCUCUCUCUCUCUCUCUCUCUCUAGUUUUUUUUUUUGGCGGGUUGUUAGCUUUGUAAAGUAAAAGGAUGAAGGUGCAUUCUCAUGGUUUUCCUCACUGUUUGGUGCUCUGCUCAACCACCCCCUCCCCUGCUUUUUGUUUGCUAGGUUCUUGGCAGAUUGCCACCUGUGUAUACAGCAGCAUGAAGCUGCAUUUACCAUUUUUCA